AUGCUCGGCGGUCGGCUGCUCGGCGUGCUCUGCACACGGAAUUUAACAAAAUGCUCAAACUUGAUGGGCAGAUUCACUCGGGACGGACUUCGAGACAGAUUACGGCAUCAGGAGAUCAAAGAGCUCGCGAAACACCGAGAUGUACAACAAAUCAGUCUGAAACAGCCCAUCGGUUCAGAUUCCAGGUCGAUCCGACCGAUUUCAGACUUAUGGAAAGUGGGUCGAACGGAAUCAACAAUCAAAUAUCGUUGUUUUGGUUUUUCAGGCUUUACGGUUUACACUCGCGACUGGAGCCACCACAUUCACAAUAGCGAUAGUAGCAGAAGUAAUUCAAAGGAAAAACGAAGAGGCAAUGUCGCCGUCGAACGUCUUCGAAGCGGUGAGUAUUCCGAAGCGUGGCGAGCGACACUUUUGGCCAAAGUCGAGUAUUGUGCCCAAAAACAGAAAGACACGCCGCGGAUUGCCUGUUUUUUGUAGGUAAAAUACUAUUUCGAACCUAAGGUUGAAGCCAGCUCCGAAUACAAGCUGACCGCCGGCGAGAAGCACCUCGCUCUGCUCAUCGGAUUGAAUGUGGCGGUAAGCAAGAUCCGCCUGUUGAGCAAACCCUCAAAAAACGUCGAUUCAGGUGUAUCUUUUGUGGAAAAAGUCGUCGCUGAAACCAUUCAUGAAUCGUUACUUCACGAACAGCUACGCAUCGAAAUCACUGUGCGCUCCGAUGUUGCUGAGCGUCUUCUCACAUUCUUCUAUCAUUCAUCUCGGUCUCAACAUGUACGUUUGAUUAUCUCACCCACUUUUCAAAACUUUCUCUUCGCAGGUAUGUGCUCACGACAUUCGCGCCACACAUAAUCGAAAAGUUCUUGGGCCCCGAGCAGUUCUGGGGAUUCUAUCUGACUGCUGCGGCCGUUUCCUCGCUCAUCAGUCUCGUAGACAAAGCCGUGUCUCGGUCGCCGAUCAGAGCUCUCGGCGCCAGCGGAGCCAUUCUUGCAGUGCUCACUUACACGUGUAUGCAGAUCCCGGAUGGUUAGUUCCAGUGGAAAACAACAAAGAAUCGAUUAUUUGAAGCCCGUCUCUCGAUUAUAUUCCUUCCGAGUUUGGAGUUCUCUGCAAAAAGCGCCGUCUACGGAGUCAUCGCAAUGGACCUUCUCGGAAUUAUUUUCAGGUGCGUCAAUUCAUUCUAACUUCGUCUAAUUGUAUAUCUUCUACAGACUGCGAAUCUUCGACCACGCCGCCCAUCUCGGAGGUUCUCUGUUUGGAGUCGCCUAUGCACUCUUCCUGCAAGAGGCGGUCUGGGACAAGUACGGAAUGUGGAUCGAAUCGCUGAUGUACAGCUCGGACGGCCGUCGAUAA